AUGAACUAUUCUCCACCUCACCACUACUGUUCAGCACUACCAAAGCUACGCGGUCGCGUUGCUAACUGCUUUGCUCUCGGUCUUGCAGUGACAGUGCUGCUGACGGAGGGAGCGACUGCCGACCUGCCCUGCGACCUGGGACCGCGCUCAGACCCGGCGGUCAAGGUCUGGUGGCACCGGGCCGACGACCCGACCACGGCGCUGUACACUCUCGACCCGCCUCCUGGGCGCCGCGGAAACUUGAUGCAGGCGCGCCAUUCGGUCGCUGAGCCAUUGCGUGGACGCGCCCACUUCUCGGCCGUGCGCAGGCCCGCACUUCUGUCCAUCUCGGCACUGCGCUACGAGGACCAUGGCCUCUACGUUUGCAACGUUGAGUACAAGCAUGGCAGCCGUAGGAGCUACGACGUCGAACUCCACAUCGUCGUGCCGCCUGGAAAACCUGUUAUCUUGGAUGAAAACCUCUCGGUGCUCAAUGGAACGGUGGGACCGAGCAAUGAGGGAAACCUUCUUAUUCUCAACUGCCACGUCAUUGGAGGCAAGCCUGAGCCCCGGGUGACAUGGCGUCAGGGUUCCGCGCACCUGCACCACGUGUUUCACCGCAGCGAGCAGGGCGUGAAGAAGGCAACGCUGCACGUGAGGAGCCUGAGGCGCGACCACCUGGGAGCCGUGUUCACCUGCGAAGCGAGCAACAGCAACCUGACCAGGCCAGCGUCCACGUCGGUCACACUCACCAUGAACUUGAAGCCCGUGCGCGCGGUGAUCCGGGGCAAGCAGGACUUCCUGUCAGCCGAGUUCCGCGCCGAAGUGGAGUGCGAGGCCGAAGGCUCGUUACCGCCGGCGCUCGUCUCAUGGUGGCUAGACGGCGUGCGCUUGAACACGUCGCUCGCCCAGACUCGGCUGUCGGCCGGCGGCAACGUCACCACUUCGCUGCUUGGCUUCGUGCCCAGGGCGAGGGACAAUGGACGCCAGCUCAGGUGCGUCGCCACCAACCCCAGGAUGCCCGGACACGAAGAGGUCGCCGACGUUUGGCUGUUGCAGGUUCACUACAAGCCCCGAGUCAGCUUGGCCUGGGGCAACAGGGUGAAUCGGUCCAGCAUCGUUCAGGGCACCGACGUCUACUUCGAGUGUGAGGUCGACGCCAAUCCACGCCUCAUCGAGGUCUCGUGGCGCUUCGAGGGCCAUGAGCUGGCCUCUCGCCUCUCGAACUUCAUCGUGAGCAACCAGUCUCUGGCGCUGCGCGGCGUCCAGAGCUCAAACUCUGGCCACUACUCAUGCGUGGCUGCCAAUGCUGAAGGGGCAUCGGAGUCCAACAGGGUCUUUCUCAGGGUUCAACAUCUCCCGGUGUGCGACCCGAACCUGCGCACCAAGUACACCGCUGCACGCCAAGAGGAGCUGCGCGUCCACUGCUCGGUUUUGGCAGACCCGUGGAACGUCAGCUUUCACUGGUCACUGAACGGCUCCGCGGGUCAUCGGCGAGACCUGCAGUGGGCAGUCUCUUCGACGACUGACCCCCGUGGACUGGUCACCAGCUACCUGCGGUACACACCCAGGAACGAGUCUGACUUCGGUACGCUCAGCUGCUCCGCUCGGAACGCAAUCGGCCUGAUGAUGCGUCCAUGCAUAAUCCACGUGGUUCCAAUUGGUCCACCGAUGCCUCCGCAACACUGCAACGUGAGUAACCAGACCAUGGGUGCACUUCGCGUGGACUGCGAAGGAGGUGCGGAGCCAGGUCACAGCUUUCUGCUCGAGGUGCACGAGCUGCAGCGCCGCCGACUGGUGGCCAACCUGAGCUCGCCGACACCGUCGUUUUGGGUGGACGACGUGCCUCCAGGCACCAAGUACACACUGCUCGUCUACUCCUUCAAUGGCCGCGUCCGGUCAGAACCCGUGCUACUCAGCACACACACGUUGACCAACGCUGCGCAGGGCUUUUCUGAGCCAGGACCACCCUGGCUUGUCUCAUCCAACAUCUUGGUGUCGUUUCUCGUCGUGGCAGUCUGUCUACUGGUGGCAAUUCCGUUCAUCGUGCUUAUUGCCAUCAAGUACAAAUCCAAGACCCCAGAAGACCGAGAGGACAAGCAAGUUCACCAGGAAAAACACUGGAUACAACUGUCCCAGGGUGUUGAGCACAGAAAUGAGCCAAGCAUAUUCCCAGAGGAGGCUUUUGUCACUGCCAUGACCUCCUUCCAGGCAUCUACAUCGCCAACCAGCGUCGGCUGCUCCGACGGCCCCGUCCUAUAUUCGAGAAGUGUCUGUUAGGACACGGAGGCCCUGCCGGGGGCCGCACGUCUUUGCUCAACGUCGUGCUGGGCUGGCAGCACCGUGGGCUUGGAGGAGACGACCGUCUAGUCGGAUGGCCCCGACCGACGGGAAAUAGGCAGCUCGGCCGUUGCUACGUCGCGCCUGACCGCACCGCGGGGCGCGCUGGUUCGAGGAAUCCCGCGCGGCGACGGCGCCGGCGACGGUGUUAGCGUCUCCGUGAGAGACGAAAUGAAGUCGUCGACACGGAAUGGCCAGAUGUGCAGAAAUGAACUGCGGCAGGGAUAGCGCGGGCUGCGUGCGGUGGGGCCGGGGUUUGGGGUCGCGCAAGAAAGAAAAAGAGAAAGACUGCGCUAUCAAGCGCGAUGUGCUCCUUCAGCAAAGUGGUUUGUGGUCCUUGCUCCGUCCCCAGUGGAAACAAAACAAAAGAAACAAACAAAAAAAAAGACUCGCCCGUGUCGUCGUGUACUCGAUGUCUUGUUCUGUUAACAGGCACCCCGUUUGGUUCCUUGUGUACAAAGAGAGUGCACUUUUUGAAGCUUUUUCUCACAAACUGCCAAGAAAUCCAGUUGAUGUAUGACUAUCGUUCCUUGAUGAAUAUUGGUUGAAUAAAGAUUUAUUGGAAGUA